UGGUCCGCGGACCCAGGUUGAGCACCACCUAUCCGGAAGUGGGUGUCACCGUCACAGCAUCGACAUCUACUGCCUGCUGGGAUGAAGCUACCGCAGAGGUUUCUCCACAUCUGAUCAUCUGAAACAUCUGAGUCGAGCGAGAGGUUUUUGACAGCAAGAUCGCAGGAGGAAGAGGAGGCGCCGCCAUCAUGAUGGAGGAGAUUGACAGGUUCCAAGUGCCGAGUCCGGAGCCGGAGGGAGAGAUGCAGCCGCUGGUCAGUGUCGCUCCUGCCUCGGAUCCAGCCUCGUCCACGGCCUCCGAGGCCGACUCAGACACCAGGGAGGUUGAACCUGUCACCAUCAACUACAAACCCUCUCCGCUGCAGAUGAAAAUAGAGAAACAGAGGGAGCUGGCACGGAAGGGCUCGUUGAAGAACAGCACCACUGUGGGUAGUCCGGUCAACCAGCAGCCCAAGAAGAACAAUGUCAUGGCCAGAACACGGUUGGUGGUUCCCAACAAAGGCUACUCCUCUUUAGACCAGAGUCCCGAUGAGAAGCCCCUGGUGGCGCUAGACACAGACAGCGAUGAUGACUUCGACAUGUCGAGAUACUCGUCGUCUGGAUAUUCCUCCGCCGAGCAAAUCAACCAGGACCUGAACAUCCAGCUGCUGAAGGACGGCUACCGCUUAGACGAGAUCCCGGACGACGAAGACCUUGACCUGAUCCCGCCCAAAUCGGUCAACCCGACCUGCAUGUGCUGCCAGGCCACGCCCCCUUCCACUACCUGUCAGAUCCAGUAACCCGCUCCCUCGCUAUGCCUUGUCAACACAACAUACUGUAACACCGCCUUCCAUCUGCUGAGUGUCCUUCACUGCUCAGUCGAUAGAACAACGAUACGAAGACAAAUAAUCACAUUAACGUCGAGAGUUUUGUCGAAGACUAGUGGACGGGAAGUUGAGGUGUGAGCUGAAGUGGUUUCCUCCUAUGGUAGGACGUGCUGGUACUGUGGAGAUGUCAAGCUGAAACUCGAAUGAUCCAGAACCCUGCUGCUUACCUGAUAUUUAGGUUGCUUUUUCCCGGUUAGUUUUACUUUUCAAGAUGAAGAGAAAAGGGUUGCGGUUGUCAUGUAGCGCUCAAGCACAUUUCCCCCUGAGAGUGAGUGAAGGCCAACCGUUACAGAGUAAAAAGCUAUUUUUAAUACGCGACGGGGCGACCGCUCGCCGCUACUGUGACGCAGGUUUUAUUUAUUUGCACAUUUUACACGGUGACCUAGAGGUGUUGAAGGGGCAGAUUGCAUAUCGCUACACUCUCACUGCAACACAUGACUGCCAUGUCGUCAAGGCCAAAGGAACACUUGACUCCGUCAUAUAGUUUCUAAAUAUAGAACCUGUCCAUUCAGCAGAAGCUGCUCCCUUGUCUCUGGACGCUCCGGAUUCACUCACAUUGCUCCUGCAUGCACACGGCGAUCGCCACCAUCUGUUGAGUUGUAGGGCGGAAACUGUUUGGUGAAUAAAUGUUGAAUGGGAAUCCUCUUCCUGGUACCAUCCUACAAUCAGUUGCUGUUAGAGAUGCCUUAAGUACUGAGACGUGGACCGGACUGUGUUCUCGCCAAUUGGACUGAUCGUUUGCUGUUUUCUUUUUAGAUCCUGGUGACUGGUUUCUUUUUUUUUAAUAAUUUUAUUGUAUUCUACGCACCUCCAUUAUGGUAUAUAACAGUGUUAUUAAUAGGUGUGGUGUAUGAAAACAAUAAAUACCUG